AUGGUGCAGCCCAACAAUGACGAAGACGACUACGUCUUCCCUGAGACUACCGAAGUAACCAACGACGAACGCGACCAUCCCCUAGCUGUCAUCAAUAACCCAGCUUCCCCAAUAUCCACCGGCUGGGCGAUACUCUGGAACUCUGACAGCUCCUCCGAUGCCACAUCUGAGCCCAUCGAUAUGAAAACCUCACCCGAUCGGUCUCUACCAGCUCUUCAUCACCGCACCUUGCACCCUAAAUUAGAGAGCUGGCUACGUCCCGCAUUGUCUGCGACUAUCCCUAGCCCACGCCCAGCCCCAACGUCCCAGGAAGCACUCCAUCAAUCCGAGCCCACGUCCUCAGCAUCCCAAUUUUUCGACUCGACGGCUCGGAAGCUGAUUGACGGGGAAGGUCGACCAGCUCGAACCUUGAGCGUCGUGAACACGAUUUCCUCGGAAGCCGGCCCCUCGCGAAGAACCCCUCACCGAAUUGGCUUAUCGACUGGAGAUCUUCGUGAACAGGUUCUGCACUCCAACCGUAUUUCCAAGCAGGACAAAGCUUUGGCUAACGAGCAAUACUAUCGACAGCUACUCCGAUCCCGCUCCGUCCGAUCCAACUACCGCGUGCGCGACCUCAGAGAACAUGCCGGCAAGGUUCCGGACCCCGAAUGGCGCUGGUGCGGCUUCCCAGGUUGCGACAACGGUGCCUGUCGAUACAAUUUCCUUCUGUCAUGGGGAACCGGAUACGUCAUCACCCCUCUUGAUUCAGGGAGAGACUGUGACAUUCUGAAGGAUCUUCUUAACGCCUUUGGCUCUCAGAACUGGAACUACAUGGCGGAGCCCCAUAGCCGGGUUUCGUUUGCAACAUCGCCUCCUGUCAGGAACGCCGUUGGCCAGUUUCUCAUUCGCUUCAACCAUCUGCAGGGUGCCGCUGGGGGGUGGGACAGGGGAGACUAUCAAGCAGCAGCGAUUUAUUUCACCGACAUGCGCACCCAGAACUUUCCCGUAAUGCAUCCGCACAAUAUCAAGAGGCUUCACAGCGAGAUGGACAAGGAGCUCUCGCGUUCGGACUCUGCUGUUGCCCCAUGGCGUCUUAUUCUUCAGUUCAUCAUGCACCUCGAGGCAUGGAGACAGCACCAGAUCAAGCAAGGAUAUCCUUGGGACUGGCCUUUGUACGAUGCUCUCGAUAUGUAUCGAACCAUUCUCGAGACCUAUCGACAAUCCAUUGGCAAGGGUUUCUCGACCCUGAAGACUGAGGUGCAGGCAGAGCAGGACAAGGCUUGGGUGCUCUGGUGGGAUCGUCACCGUCCCUGGACCAGCUGUAAGGUUGCCUUUCUUUCUGCCCUCGAAGAUGCUAACAAUAUUGACAGAGAUAGGAGAUUGGAAGUUGAUCCAGGAGGGAACAAUGUUUCCGAUGCGGUGGUCUAUGAAGAUCCCAAGAUGGCGUCCUCCUGCCUCCAGGAAUUUCCUCGCGCCUCAGGCUCAGGCGACGACGGCGGACCGGCAAGGAAGGAACCCGAAUCAUUCUGCUGCCAGCUCGCUACUUCCACUCCCAUCACUCACCCCGAAGAAUUCGCUAAACUCCUCGAUCUCAUCGUCAAUCAAUCCAAGGAGAAGGAUCCUGCCGCUGGCAUCGUCUUCGCGUUUCUCAACUUUCCGAAGAGCAACUGCCUGUUCCCCCUGGCCUGCCUCGUCCACUUCUUCGAGACAUUCGUUCCUCAACCCAUCAUCACUUAUCUUACGAGCGACUCUUGCCUCAGUGCCGCAAAGAGCAUUGAUACCAUCCUCAUGGAGGCCAAGAAGUCAGAGCAGGGACUUUACAAGGACACGAAGCGCAGCUGCUUCCCAUCGACCGGCCGAAACCAUUUCCUCCGCCUGAUGAACGCAUCUGGUCCCAUACCCAAGGGUGAAAAAAGUGCAGCUGGUGCCACUCGCAGAGGCCUUCCCGAGCUCGACUAUAUCCUCUUCCAGGAAGAUCUUCCUUCUUAUUUCGAUCGUUCCGAGCGGUAUGAUAGCUUGCCCGGCGACCCAGUGAACUACCUCUUCUCGGCUCUGCCGCAAAUCCAGGAAGAUGACGCAGGUUUCAAGGGAAGCAACAAGUCUGCAGAUUAUAACCGCCGUUUCGCCCUGGCCCUCUGGCCUUAUGCCAACUCCAGCAUCGAGGAUAUCAUCGCCAAAUCCGACGACAAGGCUGCCUCUGACUUGUGGUGGGCCGGGCGCUUCGCCUUCUCUCUCUGGGAUAGAUCCGACUUGUCUAUUCGAUGCUCCUUCACCCAGCUUCUCGGCGAGAUUGCCUUAUACCACAACUCUGAGAUUGUCGAUAAUCCUGCCCCUGUCAAGCCAAACCACCUUUGCGAAGCUGUUGAUGGUGGCCCCUGUCCCGGAGAGGCAUACGUUCAGAAGCAUAAGUGGUUGAAGUAUGCCCGCUGGAUUCAUCGUGGAAGAAAAGACGAGGAUGCCGACAUCAAGGUCCGUCUGGGCAGCAAGUGUGACUUGAACGAGCUAUUGAGCAUCGAGAAGUGUGUUACCUGCGGUCACGAGCGCAAGAUCUCUCGCUGUGGAGCGAAGAAGCCCAUGCACCACUGCAGCGGCUGCUACGUCGAGUGGUUUCCGCACCUUCGUCGAACUUACUGCGGCCCGAAGUGCCAGAAGAAGGAUUGGAAGACGCACUUUGAGGAGUGUCAGCGUCACAAGCACUUCAUCCGAGCCGUCUGGAUUCUGAAGGGCAUCGCGGACAAGUUCAUGGCCGCGACGUUUUCCGGCCAGGCCGUUGAUAUCUCCCCGAUCGAGGUCCGUGAUAACAAGACCAAGGCGCUCGACCUCAACAGCGUCCCCCGCUUCGCCGUCACCCCGGCUGCGUGUGCUGUUGGACCUUGGGUGGGGGAGCAGGUGUUCCCUCUCGGCAAGUCGUACUUGGCGGACAAGAGGAAUGAGGACCGCGCGAGAGCAUUGGCUUGGGAUGCUGGUGACAACCUCUACUACCACCUUCAGACUAUCAUUCGUCAAAUCGUCAGCCCGCUCUGUGACGAUGUGGUUGAGAUGCAGAUGUUCCUGCGCAAUGCCAACAGUAUUACCUCUCUUGCCGCUGAUCGGUGCCGGGAAGGCCCCGCCAUCAACACUGCCAAGGGCAAGGAUCCGAUGUUCUGGCCCCAUCCCGUUCUCAAUUGUCGGCUGAAGGGAAGCGACGACUUGUUCAUCAUCGACCUUCUUGGAGCCAAGUUCGGCUUUAACGAGAUCCUCCUCCCGGGCGAGGUAUGGGUCAAGUCUAGACUUGCGUACUGCGUUGGCUCAACGGUUGUCACGGACAUGACGCCUCACUGGUUUCCCCGCGAGCAGCAGGGUCUCGUCUCUUGCCGUGAUGAGGUCGCCUACACUUGGAGAUCGUGCAUCAAGACGUACAUCGCCGCCAAGUGGCCCAAUGUUCCCGGGCCCUUUGCCUUGUCGCAUCUGAAGGAGCAAUUGUUCAGGGAGAGGACUUACAUGUUCAUGGUCCACUCGGACGACAUCUUCAGGGAGGCCACCAAUCGUCUGCGCGAGGAGAGACUCUUCCGGCAGUACCUUGUCCACGACCCGAACCCGUACUCUCACGAGUUUGCCAUUGGCGUCACCAACUGUCAGAAGGAGUGCGAUGUCUACGAGAAGAUCUGGAUGGAUCGGCGUGUGUUCGAUGUCAUCGUCAAGGGUGAGCUCAGCGAGCAAAACCAGCUGCUGCCCGCGGGGUCCGAGACCAUCCGCCUCGUCGCACUCUGGGUCGACCGGUUGAUCAAACACGGUCAGAAGGUCAAGUUUGACUCGGUCGGGCUCCUUGGUCCUCGCAUGGCCAAGCACUACAACAUCUGCACCACGCACUCGUUGGACGAGCUUCGCGAGAUUUCCACGCCCUGGCUCCUGUGGCAUGGCAUCUCCAAGGAUUCAUCCCAAAAGUUCUUCGAGCAGUGCAAGGGCAUCGUCACCGACUACAUUAGUUCGAAUGCGGCGACGCCUGAUCAGCUGCUUAGUAAAAUGGCGUCGUCCGACGGCCUCGCCAAGUACCUGCAGACCUUGUCGAUGGAGGAUGCGCAAGAGUUCUUGGAAAUUGGAUCAAUGAUCGAGUCUCCCCAUAACGCUGCAUCGAUUAAACAGCUGCGAAAGGAGCUUGAGAAGCAAGCCGGGGACAAGAAGAUGCCACCAAGGUUACCACAACAGGCCGCGCGCGUCCUGCGCAGGCUGGCGACGACGACUUCAACCCCAAUCACACGAUCCUUCACCACCACGACCUCCUUCCUCGCCGCCCCGGCCGCCGCAAGCCUCCGUCUCCCCGCCGACUACGUUCCCGCAACGAAGCCUCCCUCCGCCCGCCCCCCCGAAACCCGCAAGUCCCAGCUCAUCAGGACCUACACCUCCCUCCUCCGCACGACGCCCCUGAUCCUCUUCUUCCAGCACAGCAACCUGACGGCAGACGAGUGGUCCGCCGUCCGCCGCGAGCUCAACAGCGCCCUCAUCGCUGCCACGCCCGCGGGCACCAACAGCCCCCUCGAUGGCCGUGAGGUCCACCUCCAGGUCCUGCGCACGCGCAUGUUCAACGUCGCGCUCAAGCUGGCCGAGUUCUACGACCCCGAGGCCGCCAAGGCCAAGGCCGGCACGCGGACGGGACCCCGCGGGCCCUUGGUACACGAUCUGAGUAUGGCGGCCUACGAGGCGAUGAAGGAUUUCGAGGUCCCCGAGGACUCGGCGUACGCGCAGAUCUCGCCGUUGCUGUGCGGUCCCACGGCGGCGCUGGUCUUCCCCGCCGUCUCGCCCGCGCACCUCGCGGCCGCGCUCAAGAUUCUGGCGCCGAGCCCGGGCAAGUUUGCGGCGCCGCCGAGGAAGAAGAACCCGGGGUACUACGAGCCCCUGUGCCAGAGCGCACUGCAGAAGCUGCUGCUUGUCGGUGGACGAGUCGAGGGCGAUGUGUUUGAUGUUGAUGGCGUCAAGUGGGUUGGUGGUAUUGAGGGCGGCCUCGAUGGGCUGCGGGCGCAGCUCGUGCAUAUGCUCCAGAGCGCUGGGUUGGGUCUUACUACUGCUCUUGAGGGCGGAAGCAAGAGCCUUUGGUUGGCGCUGGAGGGCCGGAGGACGCAGUUGGAUGACGAGGGGAAGCCUAAGGAGAGCCUAAACUAUUUGUUCAUGGCAUUGAAGUUGGUUCGUCUCAGCCGCCUCAGUCUGGACUUCACUACGUCUGACGAACAACACCACGACAACAUCAGCGUACGAAUCUGUCUCAAGAACCCCGCAAUCGUCUGGUACAACAUCGAAGCCUUUCCUCCGAACCUCUGCCUAGCCCUGCGAAACCCCGCGAUCCCUUCCAGCUUUCCCAUUCAUACCACAACAACAGAACCCAAAACAUACAUCAUGGACUUUGCUCCCUACCAAUCCUCCCCGCCGGAGCGCGAACGAGCCCUCUCCCCGCCUCUCGCGUCGCCGCGCGCCUCGGCCGAUAUUCGAAGACCCUUUUCGCCGUACGGCCAGCCGUCACCCCCGCCCCUGCAACACCCGCAACCGCAGCGCGGAUGGCAGCCGAACCUGCCAGGGUCCUAUCCCACGGCGGACGCGCACCGGGAGGGCGUGAGCGAGUUCGAUACGAGCCUGGGGAUCAGGCUGGAUUACGAGGCUGCGUUGGCGUAUCUGGCGUUUCCGCCGCUGGGUGCGAUAUUGCUGUUGAUUGGGGAGCGGAAUAGUGAUUAUGUGAGGUUUCACGCAUGGCAGUCGGCACUGCUGUUCACGGCCGUCAUGAUCUUCCACCUGGUGUUCCUCUCAUGGUCCAAGUUCCUGAGCUGGUUCUUCUUCAUCGGCGACCUGUUUGUCAUGGUGUGGCUGGCGUUGAAGGCGUACCAAGAUGCGGAUACGCUAGAUAGAUUCGAGGUUCCCGUACUUGGCGCCCUGGCCAGCCGGAUUCUUGACGACGAAUGA